AUGUAUUUAGAAAGCCAGUGGAAACGAGCCACACCUCCCCCACCCCCCUUCCCGUCCGAUUUCCCGCCAAACUCGACUCCACCUCGGGCCGGACCAUCUGGUGCGGGGGAGACCGGAGAGCGACAGUCCCCUAUUGGAGAGCCGUGGCGCCUUCCGGGCGGGGCAGUACGAGCGGGCGCUGCGAUUGGUGGGGGACGGGCUUGGGGCGGGGCCGGCUUGUGUUCCCGCGCAAACACGGGAAGUCUCCGACCCGUAGUUGCCCUUCUGGGAGUGGGAUCCGGUGUCUUGUUUCGGAAGGCUUUUGCUGCGUCGACCUCCACUUCUAGUGAGGGCUAUCUACCAAGCAGCAUGCCAACAACAGAAGAUGCAGUGACAAGCGAGCCAUCUCUGGGCCAGAAACUUGUGAUAUGGGGAACAGAUGUCAAUGUGGCAACGUGUAAAGAAAAUUUUCAGAAAUUUCUACGGUGUUUUAUUGACCCUCUGGCGAAAGAAGAAGAAAAUGUCGCCAUAGAUAUUAGUCAACCUGUGUACAUGCAACGACUUGAGGAGGAAGUUAUCCCAACUUUCGACAUGGCUGUCAAUGAGAUCUUCUUUGAUCGGUAUCCUGACUCAAUAUUAGAACAUCAGAUUCAAGUAAGACCGUUCAAUGCAUUGAAGACUAAGAAUAUGAGAAACCUUAAUCCAGAAGCAACAUGGACCGACUGCUCCGCACUUCCAGACCUUGAAACGUUCUUUUUGCCGCCAGUAACUGGUGCCAUUGCUCUGUGGUGUUUCUUUCCCAGAAGAAUCAAGCUCCAGGAGUCUCCUGACGAUAUGCCAGCAGGACAGACGCCUCACACGGUCAUCCUUUUUGCUCAUAAUGAUCUUGUUGACAAAGUCCAGCCUGGCGACAGAGUGAAUGUCACAGGCAUCUACAGAGCCGUUCCCAUUCGAGUCAAUCCAAGAGUGAGUAACGUGAAGUCUGUCUAUAAGACCCACAUUGACGUCAUCCACUAUCGGAAAACAGACGCAAAGCGUCUGCAUGGCCUUGAUGAAGAAGCGGAACAGAAACUUUUUUCAGAGAAACGUGUGGAACUGCUUAAGGAACUUUCCAGAAAACCAGACAUAUAUGAGAGACUUGCUUCAGCCUUGGCCCCAAGCAUUUAUGAACAUGAAGAUAUAAAGAAGGGAAUUUUGCUUCAACUCUUUGGGGGAACUAGAAAGGAUUUCAGUCACACAGGACGGGGUAAAUUCCGCGCAGAGAUUAACAUCCUCCUCUGUGGCGACCCUGGUACCAGUAAGUCCCAGCUCCUACAGUACGUCUACAACCUGGUUCCCCGGGGGCAGUACACAUCUGGAAAGGGGUCCAGUGCAGUCGGCCUCACUGCCUGCGUGAUGAAGGACCCAGAGACGAGGCAGCUGGUCUUGCAGACAGGUGCCCUUGUCCUCAGUGAUAAUGGUGUAUGCUGCAUUGAUGAGUUUGACAAGAUGAAUGAAAGUACCAGAUCAGUACUGCAUGAAGUGAUGGAGCAGCAGACUCUCUCCAUUGCAAAGGCUGGGAUCAUCUGUCAGCUCAAUGCACGCACCUCUAUCCUGGCAGCAGCCAAUCCUAUCGAGUCUCAAUGGAAUCCCAAGAAAACCACGAUUGAAAACAUCCAGCUGCCUCACACGUUACUAUCAAGGUUUGAUUUGAUCUUCCUAAUGCUAGACCCUCAGGACGAAGCCUACGACAGGCGCCUGGCUCAUCACCUGGUGGCGCUGUAUUACCAGAGUGAAGAGCAGGCUGAGGAGGAAUUCAUGGACAUGGCAGUGCUGCGAGACUACAUCGCCUAUGCACACUGCAUGGUCACACCACGGCUGAGUGAGGAGGCAGGCCAGGCUCUCAUUGAGGCUUAUGUCGAUAUGAGAAAGAUUGGUAGCAGCCGAGGAAUGGUUUCCGCAUACCCUCGACAACUGGAAUCAUUAAUUCGCUUAGCAGAAGCCCAUGCUAAGGUGCGAUUUUCAAGCAAAGUUGAAGCUAUUGACGUUGAAGAAGCAAAGCGCCUUCAUCGGGAGGCUCUGAAGCAGUCUGCGACUGACCCCCGGACUGGUAUUGUGGAUAUAUCUAUUCUUACCACAGGAAUGAGUGCUACUUCUCGAAAACGGAAAGAGGAAUUAGCGGAAGCUUUGAAGAAACUUAUUUUGUCCAAGGGCAAAACACCAGCACUGAAAUACCAGCAGCUUUUUGACGAUAUCCGGGGGCAGUCCGACAUCGCAAUUACCAAAGACAUGUUUGAAGAAGCUCUCCGUGCGCUGGCUGACGAUGACUUCUUGACGGUGACUGGAAAGACUGUCCGCUUGCUCUGAUGGUGCCGGCUACUGCUCGUGUGGUCACACGCUUACAUACGUGCAUUAAUUAUGACCAGUCAGCCAACGACCCUGGCCAUCAAUAUAAAUGAGUCCUCAAAGUCACUAUCUUGAUAUAUGUAAAACUUUCUGUCAUUAGAUCCGUUUUCUUCAGUAUGUGGGGUUUUGUUGUAAGUAGAAAUACUCCGCCAGUUUGUAAACAUCCAGCAGAGAUUACGAGAGUGCCAUUUUCAGCAGCAGGUGUUGUUUAUAUGAGUGUGUUCGUGUGUGCAUACAUGGAUAGCACCGUGCUGGUCUUUUUGGAGAUGAUGGUUUGUAAUCACAAUUUGUGUGUGUGUGUGUGUGUGUGUGUGUGUGUGUGUGUGUGUGUGUGUGUAAGAGAGAGAGUUGUGUGCUAAACUUAUUAAUAGCAAUUGUCCACAUGCUGGAGGGUUUAUAAUAAAAGACAAUAGAUUUAUUAACCAUUGCAUUUACUUCUCAGCGUUCCUUCAAAGACUAGGGUUCUGGUACCUUUUUCAGCAGCCAGGUGUCGUCCUUUUUCAAGACUAACUUGCCUUGUUCUUGUGGCUACUAGAAGACCUAGAAGUCACAAGUGAUUUAAAAGGGUGGUGGGGAAUGAUUAGACCCUAGUCUUUUUUUUUUUUCCUUGCCUUGCUGCUGAUAUUACCCUACUAUGUAAACUUUUUCCUAAAUAAAUAAGAAUAAGUAAUACAUGAA